UUACAGUUUUCAACCAAACGUAAUUUAAAAAGCGUCUUAUAUGUUGACCGUUUUUAGUUUACAUCAAAGGAGAGAUUGAAUCACACUCCAUGGCUAUACGACAAUGUCCAAUGCUCGUGAAUUGGCAUUGUUAGAGAAAUGGUCGUCUGAUGGUGCUACAAUUAUACCACCCCUCUCAUCGCCCACCUCUCCCAAAGCAACAAAAUUCUGCUGUUGCCCGAAUCGACGUCGCUACAACAUCAAACAACCCAAAUUAACCACCACACUACACGUUCGCAACAUUUUCGUCGACAACGAUUUCAACUUUAUCGACGAUCCCACACUUAACGAAGACGACGAGGGCGAAGGCGAUAGUCAGGCCCAACAAUUGACUAUUGAAAAUACAAAAAACUAUAAACGAGCUGAAAGUUGGCCCAGUGCUAAACGAGCACACAAAUACAAUUUGAAUCAUAAUCAUCAUAAUAAUACCAAACAGAUAGAAGCUGAAGUUCACAAGGAGAAUUUACAAAAUAAUGUGGCAGAGGAGAACGAUUAUGAUGAUGUUGUUGUUGUAGAGGAAAUUGUAAAUAAAAAAACAAACAACAGCGGUAGCAGCGUCAUAACGAAAGAACUUAAAGCUAAAGAAAACGAACUAGAAGUUAACAGGGAACAAGUAAGAGAACUAGAAGUAGCAGAGGGUGAAGUAGAACAAGAAGAAAGGCGGCAUAAUAAAAGCUGUCAUAAUAAUCGAAACAAUUGUUUAACGAAUGAACACGAACGAAAGUCUAACAGCAGCAGAUGUUACCCAGAAUUCACCCACAAAGAGCCACAGCAAUUGCAGCAGCAGCAACAGCGGGAACAUCAUCAAGAGGAAGUUUGUAGAAGAAAAUCAACUGUCAAAAAGCCUUUAAAACAAAGUGGCAAUGAAGACAGCAGUAAUGCAACAACACACACAAAUCGAAGACAACAUACGACGACUACAACAGACACUGAAAGUAAAAAAGAGUGUGAGAACUUUAAGAAGACAAAUACGAACUUAGACGACACUGUUCCACAGACAGCAAUUGCAAAUAAAGCAACUAAUGAACAAAUCAUCAUACCAACUACACCAACAAACAUAACAGCAUCACCAUUAAUCCAAAGACCUAGUGAAGUAAGCGAAUUAAAAUAUAGUUUAAGUAAAACGACUUUUAGUAAUAACUCAACAACAAAUAAACAGCAGCAGCAGCCGGCACAACUGCAUCUGCAACAACAUUGUAACAAUUGUCAAUUUUGUUUCAAUCAAAAUUGUCGAAACUUUUCACAAUUACAACAAAGUUUACAAAGCAACAACGAAAAUUGCCACAACUCCUACAGCAACAAUAAAAUGACAAUUACUAGCCAAACGAAUGUGGCAAAUAAUCGUAAACGUAGUGUUGUUAACAGCAAUACCAAUAGCAAUUCAAAUGCUAGUGAAUGUGAUACCAUAACAUUGCCACAGCAACAGCAACAGAAACAAACAUUUACAAAUACUACAGCAACAUUGCCUUGUUUAUUAAUAAACUCUACAAAAAUGCCAGCAACACCAACUUCUCCCAUACCACGUUCUAAUACUAACAACACUCCUGCAUCACCUCUAACAACAACUGUGAUUAAAACUACAAUGGUAAAACGUAGUCCUGCUAAUGAGUCGACAGCAACAUCACCAGCUACAACACCAACAUCCGCCUCAUUAAGUUUAGAAAAAUCUUUAGCCUUCACAAACAAUGUCCAAGAUGUGGCUAAAGAGAAUAAGCCUGCGAAUAGCAAGUCAUUGACAAUUUCAACUACAUCAUGUAGUGCUACAGCACCAGCAGCAUCUGCGACAGCGACAAAUACAACAGCAUCGUCCUCCGCUCCUUUAAGUGUUAAGGAACGUAUUGCUGCUUUAGUAGCUGGAAAUGAACAAAUACACAAACAACAUGACAAUUUUAUUAAACAUAAAAACCAGUGCAAUAAACCUAUGAAAUUAAUAACACAAAACAUGACAUGUCAACAGCCCAUAAUUACCAACAAUUCUAGCAACAUCAUGUGUCAAAAAUUAGCUGCCGCUAAAGAAAAAUCUUCAUUUACGAACGAUGAAAUUGAUGGCAGUCAAACCUCAGUUGAAUUAAAAGAUGACACAAAUGACAAUUUAAACCACAAAUCAUCAUCGCCAGUAACAGCAGCAUUAUCAACGACAACGUCAUCGUCUAUGUUGGCAACAUCAUUAUUAAAAUCCUCUAAACCUGGUUCGGCUGCCACUAUACCACGUUGCAGUCAAAGUCUUACAAAUCAUAAUGCUGCCAAUAAAUACGGAAGCAUUAAAGAGACACCAACAACAACAUCAUCAUCAUCGUCAACAUCAUUGGAAGCAGCAACAAAUACCAUGACACUUGAUAACCAACAAAAUAUCUUAAGUAAUAAUGUCUUGUCUAAAACAGCUGCAACACAACCAUCAUCAUCAACAUCAUCGUUGUCGUCUGCUUAUAAGCAGCCAAAUGACACAUCAAUUGAUAAAAGUAACCAUGUUUUAGCAGCAACAGGGUUAACAAAAAUUGCUCGUGGUGAUACCAGCCGUAACAAAUUGGCUGCUUUGGAUAAUUUGGAUUUAGCGCUCAAUUUGUCUAAUUUACCAUUGGAAGGUGAUGAAGAUGAAGAUCCAUAUUUUGAGUUGCAAGAAUAUUUAGAACGUGUUAAGCAUGAAAUCAAUGAAGUUUUCGAAUUACAUAAGGCACGACAAAAGCAGCAACAACACUCACCCCAACUGACAGAAGGAAAUGGACAGGAGCAACAACGUCACAAAAACCAGCAGCAGUUGACUGUCGAUCGUGUUAGAAAUACUUUGGAAAAUCAAAUAGUAGACACAAUAAAAGCAGCUGUCUCGAAUGAUGAAUUAUCUCGGUCUACAGAAUCUGAUAGUGGCUUUGACAGUGCCAGUUGUAGUGGUUGUGCUGCAACCUUAAACUCGGCUACUACAACUACUACUACUGCGACGAACAGUUGCAGCAACAAAUUACCCUCUAGAGCUAAAAUGACAACUAUAGAAAAUGAAAAUGGCAAUAACAAUGAUAAACAACAACAGACAGCAACAUCAGCAGCAGCAACAAAUAAAAGUAAAAAUAAUCAAAAGAUGCCGACAAAUACGUCGUUGAUUUGUUUGCAACAAGAAAACAAACAACUGAAACAACAAGAUGCUUCAACAUCGUCAUCGUCAUUACCAUUUUCAACGGGCAUGGUAGAAGGAGAAGCAGAAGAAGUGGAGGCAUCUUCUUCUAUGUCAUCAGCAGCAUCAUCGUCAACACUUAAGCGCCUUCGUAAACAAUUGCAAAUGAAAUCAGCUGCAGAAGCUGCCACCGAUGAUGUAAAUAUGUGGGCAAACAAAUUCUUGCGAGAUUUGGACAACUUAAUAGCAUCUGAUAAACCAACAACAUCUUCAUCAGGCUCUUCAUCACCAACAGCAAACGUCUACUGCUCAUCACCAUCGCCGUCAUCAUCGUCCGCAACAACAUCACCAAUGCUAUUGUCCGCUGCUGCCUCAGCCGUUAUCCAAAGUCGUUAUGGCAAGGGAGCCCAUGAUCGUAGUAACAACAACAACAGCAAUAAUAAUGGUGCUGGUACCAACUAUGAUCACAAUACUAUUGCCACAUCGCCAACAUCAUCCACUUCAUCUGCAAAUGGUAUAGUUUUGCGACCAGAAAAGCAUGCAACUAUACCAUUACAAUCAUUUAACCUUGAUUGCGGACGUUUAGAUAAUGCAAGUGGUACGGCAACAAGUUCAGGUGGCAAUGUGACUAAAACGAAUGUUGCCUACCUGAGAACAUUAUCGGCACCGACACCAUCGCCUUCGCAUAAUAUUUACCAACAACUACAUCAUAAUCAUGGCAAUAAGGCAACAUGUGGCAGCAACUGCAUCACAAGUGGAUUUGGUAGUAAAAAGCAACAACGUAAUAGUUUAGCAGGAGGUAUAUUUAAUGCUACAUUUGAUCAACAUCAUCAGCAACAACUGCUGCAACAGAAUCUGACAAAUUUCCAAAGCAAUGAAGCCGCCUUAAAUGCUUUAACUGCUGCCUGCUCGUCGAGAACAACAACUAAUGACACAAAGUCAACGAUGUCAACUAAAAUAACUCCAACAACCAUAUUGAAAAUUGAAGAGACAUUGCCAUCAUCAGCCUCUUCUUCUUCUUUGGCCAAUGGUACCUGUAUGACUUCAAGCUCGGCAAUGGCAGCAACAGAUUUAGAAACUUUACAACAGAAACGUUUACGUCAAUUGAAUAUUGAAAUGGAUAAUAUACGCAAUACGUCUAUAGAUCAAAGCCAACAAUUGUCAGCCUUAAUGCAACAAAAUCACUAUUGUAACUAUAGCGGCAAUAACAGCAGCAGCAACAACGGCAACCUUAACAAUAAUAAUAAACAUAAAAAUCUUAUGACAACAACAUCGUCAUCUGCCAUGACGGCGGCAAUACCAAAAAAACAUUCAGUUCCCUCCAACUCGCCCUGUGCCGUGGCUAGUGUUGUGACCUGUGUUGCUGGAAAACAAGUUAACUCUAGCCCGUUAACACAACAACAACAUCAUAAUGCAGCAACUGCAACAAGUUAUCUAUUACAUGGCAGUGAUGCUACCAAAAAAGGUUCAACCUCUACAAUCUGGACAUCUGAAGAAUCGAUAUUAAGGAGUGUUGGCGCCGUCGAUGAAGACAAUAACUCCACUUCAUCCUCGGCUUGUGAAGAAGCAUCUGGUGUUUUAAGUUCUGGUAAAUCUGGUAUAUCACUAGAUAGCUCCGGUAUGGAAAAUGAUAAUAAUGAGAGUGGUAUAGGCACAGCCACACCGCCCAAGGAUAUGUCCUAUUGGAGAGGUAUGCCACAUCGUCAUAAUCACCAUCAUCACAGUCAGCAAGAUAAUGAAUCCAUCACUAGUUUGGAUGUUUUAAGAAAAAUGAAAUUCCAAAAAGGUAGUUCUGUUACCUCCUCUGAUGACCCUGAUCUGUUGGAAGUUUUGAGUUUAUGUGAUGAAACUCAUGAUGAAGAUGACGAUGAUGUAGGGGAUGAUGAAACUAAAUCUCUUAAGGAAGUUAAUGAGGAAGAUAUGGAUGAUUACGAUAUGGUUGAUGAAGAAGAUGAGGGUCAUGAUGAUUUUGAGGUGGUUACCUAUUGUGAUUGCGAGUAUACCGAAGAUGGUGAUAAUAGUAGUGCUAGUGCUGGCAGCACCAGUACCCAAACUAAUAGCUCUCUCAACAAUGGCUCUCAAAGUGAUACCAGUGGCGUGGUCUUACGGCGCAAAUAUGCCGCCUCGCCCAUUAUGGUACCCUAUCCCACACAAACAGUGCACGGUUCUCCUCAAAACAGUAGAGCACAAAAAUGUCGCAGUCACUCGUUAGACACCUCUUCGCUGCCAAACUCUUACCAUCAUGCGGCCACCCAGCAAACACAAUUUCAUGCCCAUCAUCAUCACUCGCAGGCCCAGUUGGCACGUAAACUGCAACAUUUGAGAGAUCGUCACAAGGAUCGCAAUCAACUUUCGUUGGCUUUGCGCCAAGAACCCUUUCAGUCGCUGUUGGCGCCUACACAUUUUCAUGAAUUGCCUUCACCCAGCAGUGCCUCGCUGCAUAGUGGUCAUGAAAUUUUAGAUACCCAAGAGCUCUCAACGAAAUCAAAUUCGGCGCCUUUGUUAUUGAAACAAGAGAAACGUCGCGAUGACUUUGCCAACCAGAAUGUGACCCUUCGCUAUUCGCGUUCCCAAAGUGAUCGCUAUUUAGCAGAAAUUGAAGCCGUUGAAGCGUGUAAAUGGCUUAGAGCUGCAGGCUUUCCACAGUAUGCACAAAUGUAUGAAGAUCAUCAAUUCCCUAUUGACCUAACAAAUGUUGCCAAAGAUCAUACCAAUUUGGAGAAUGAUCAAUUACAAUCCCUGUACAGACGUUUGUGUAUAUUAAAUCGUUGUGCCAAUAUGCGCGUAGAUCAAUCUCAUAAAACUCAAACGCCACAGAAAGAGGACUCAGAUGAUGAAAAUUUUGCUUUAAGCGAAAACUGGACAUUCCAACCACAUAUACGACGCUGGUCGCGUAUUGGUGAAAUGGGUCUUGAAAUACCACCUGCCGCAAAAUUGCAAGCCGCCGAAAAAACCGAAUCAUCCUCCAAAGAAUCUAGUCCCGAUCGUUUUGAGGACGAUUCCUAUGAUGUUUCAGGAGCUGCACUAACAUUAGCUUUACCCGGCACCUUUACAGAUGAUUCGGCAGAUCCUGCUCUGAACGAUAGCACAGAUCUUAAUUCAAGUCCUUUGCGAAGAACGGGCAGCGAGAGAUUAAAGGAUGGUGCCAAGGCGAUUUUACGUAGGGUAGAAUCUAUUAAAUCUAGAAGACGAAAAAGGCAGGGUAUAGUUUUGAGCGGACAAGCUUUAGAUCUGUCACAAUUGGGCCAGAGAACAAGUAUACGUAAACCGGAUGGUGUAUAUUCAACACCACCAUCACCGUCUGCGGUCAGUCCGAUGCAUGGUUUCAAUAAGGGACCCAUAUUUGGUAAUGAACUUAAGGUGCCCUCGCAGAGUGACAAUUUCUUAAGUCCCAACCGCAGCAGCCCCAAGAGAACACCCACCACCCCCAGAUCCAUGAGAGCAAGUCCAUUGCAUUUCUUUACCAACACUAUGCCAUAUUUGAAGGAAGGCAAAUCGGACGAUUCCUCUUCGUACUAUAGUGAUAGUCAGGAGUCUUCAUCGACUACCAAUAAAUUGGCUUUACGCAAGACACCUUCCAAGACACGCCGAUUCUUGCAGCGUACGGGAAAAGUAGACGAUAUAGGCGCUCAUUCGGAUUCUGAAUGUCAUCAGGGUAGAAAAUUACUAAUAAAAGAUGCCAAUUCCAAUACUACUGAAGUUAAAAUUAAGAAAUUAUCACGAGGAGGUUCCUUAAAUUUGGGACGAGAUGGCAAAAAACGGGAUGGUUUACGUUCGGCCAGUUUUAGAUCUCGAUCAACUACAAGAAAAGAACCAAAGCCAGAAGAGCCUAGUGAAUGUGUUAAAAGAACCCCCGUUGUUAGAUGGCACAGUUUCCAAUUGGAAGAACGGCCCCACAUGAUAUUCCGUAAGUGUUUCUCACAAAAGAAUGAUCCACAUUCCAAUGAACAUGGCAUACUGUUUGCUGCCAUGUCAGCAGGUCAAUUACAAAUGAUACGUAAAUUGGCCCUGGUCACUCUAACCGGCUACAUGGAACGCUAUUGCCCCACCCAUCGUUCUGGCUGGAAUUGGGAGUUGCCGAAAUUUAUCAAAAAAAUAAAAAUGCCCGACUAUAAAGAUAAAAAAGUAUUUGGCGUGCCAUUAAUUUUGAUACUUCAACGUACGGGUCAAACAUUGCCCAUUGCCGUAAGAGCUGCCUUCCGCUGGUUACAGUUAAAUGCUUUAGAUCAAAUAGGUCUCUUCCGCAAGAGUGGUGUCAAAUCGAGAAUCUUAAAGUUAAAAGAACUUAUUGAAUACUCAGAAUCUGCAGCAGAAUGCAUGGAUGUGUUUGAUACGCAGCAGGCAUAUGAUGUGGCCGAUAUGUUGAAGCAGUAUUUCAGAGAUUUGCCCGAAUCAUUGUUGACCACCAAAAUGUCGGAAACGUUUGCGGCCAUAUUUCAACAUUUACCUCCCGAAGUCCGUUUGGAUUCUGUACAAUCUGCCGUCCUUUUGUUGCCCGAUGAAAAUCGUGAAAUUCUAUAUGCCUUAUUAGAAUUUCUAACAUUAGUCGCUGCCAAUUCCCAAUACAACCAAAUGACUGCCAACAACUUGGCUGUAUGUUUAGCUCCCUCCCUAUUCCAUAACAGUAUAUCAACGGGUAGUAAUUCCGUUACCGCCUCCCCAAGACGCAAGGGCAAAGGAUCGGGUGUACCCGAUGCCAAGGAGCUGUUUGAGGCCAAAGCUUCCCAUGAAUGUCUAGCAUUUAUGAUAGAACACUAUAAGCAAAUUUAUACAGCCCCCAAAGAAAAGCUCGGCAAAUGUAAAUUUGGUUACAUGGAAGAGUCUAAACCCUUGCCUUUGGAGGCCUUAGGAGAAGGCAUGCAAUUUCAUAACUGGCGGGGAUAUUUAUAUGAAAGUACCAGUGCCACCAUUAAAGAGGGUAGAGAAAAAUCUCGAGGAUGGAUUUCAAUUACCUCUCUGGCAGAUCCCAGUGUAGAAAUUGCCUAUAAAAAAGUAGGCGAUGGUCAUCCUUUACGUUUGUGGCGAUGUAUUACGGAAAUUGAGGGUCCUCCAAAAGACGUUUUGGAUUACAUUAUACGUCAACGUGCCUCCUGGGACCCCAAUCUGUUACAAAGUCAAACUAUUAAGAAAUUUGACGAUUGUACGGAAAUUUUCCAAUAUGCCAUCGAUUGCCAACAGUGCACAGAUUUUUGUGUUUUAAGAUCCUGGCGCACUGAUUUACCUAGAGGAGCUUGUGUUAUUGUUGAAACCUCUAUAGAUCAUGCCAAGGCAAAGCCAAUGUUUAAUGCUGUACGAGGUGUGGUAUUGGCCUCUCGUUAUCUCAUUGAACCCUGUGGUAGUGGUAGAUCAAGGGUUAUGCAUUUAGCAAGAGUUGAUGUCAAGGGUAAAACUCCAGAAUGGUAUAAUAAAAGUUAUGGUCAUAUAUCAUCACAUUUCUUAACCAGAAUACGAUUGGCUUUUAAAAAUGUUGCCGAAGGACCGGAAAGUAAAGUCUAAUAAAUACAACAAUUGGCAGAACAGGAUUGUAAAUUACUAGUAUAUUACCUACAAACAAAUAUCCUUAAAAGUAUCUUAAAGAAAACAUCACAAAACCUUACAACAACAUGCUUCUGAACACUGUAAUGUGGCAUGUUGCAAAACCAACAAAGUAAACCAAAAGUACUGAUUUUAAUUUUAAUAUUUUGGAUUUUACAAAAAGUUUAUUUUUUGUAUUUUUUAUCAAAGUCUCAAACAAUUUUUUUAUUUGAUAAAAAAUAUUUAUAACCCAUAUACAAAUGUUAAAUGUUAAAAACUUAAAGUGUUAUAUACAUAAAUAGAAAACCCUUAAAUGUUAUACAAUAACUGUUAUAUAUAUAUGUAUGUAUAAAUGGACCAGGAAUUUAAAAUUUUAUUUAUAUAAGACAAAUAUAAAACCCUCUAAAGCAUUUUAAUCACUGAUAAUUGUUUAGAAAACAAAACAACCAACCAACAAAAUGAAUUUUACUUUGUAAAUAUUUUAUUUUUUAAGAUUUUUGUAUAAAUUUUGUAUUAUUAUUUUCUUUGUUAAUUUUUAUAUAAUUGUAUUAUAUAGUUAAAAAUAAAAUCUAACAAACAAUUUAUAUACUUUAAAAAUACUCAGUAACUGAAAUAUCACAAAAAAAAAACAGAAAAAAGGAAUUAACUUAAUUUAUAAAACUAAAAUAAAAAUUAAUUUUACUAUAACUUUUUUAUUAUCGAUCAGUUAAUGAUGAAAUUAAUUAUAAAAAUAUAUUUUUUAUUAUGUACAUUAUUAUUAUUUUUUAAUUGAAAAUGAAAGCAAUUUGAAAUGGAAAAUUAAAAGCAAAAGCAAAGAAAAUUUAAAAUAUGCAAACGAGUAAAUUGUGUAAAGGAAUUAAAUACUAGUCAAAUUUUUUGUUUAUAAAUCUAAGUUAAAAGCAAAAACUCUAUAAUUAUAAAACUAAUAAUGAAUUAUGUAAAAUAUUACUAACCGUAUUGUUAAGUUUCAAAUUAAAUUAAAUAAUAAAUAACCACAUACAUGGUAAUCAAGGAUGAAAGCUCUUAAAAAAGCUUGUAUUGGUUUCAUAUUAAAUAUAACAUUUAAACAACAGAAACAAAAAUAUUAACAUCACAUUAAAUGUUAAACAAAAGCCCUUAAACAAAUAAAAAGAAAUAUAUUUAAAACAAGAUAA